UAUCACCAACCGUCAUGUCCUUCCCUUCUGUGUCGGCCUGGAAAUGGUCGACAGGUCAUCGCGGUCAACAUUCCUCUCCCUCGUCAUCACCGCCGUGCUCGUCGUCUCCGCCAACAUCGCCGUAUCCUGUCUAUUCUCAGUAUCAAGCCUGCGUACAGUCAAGCCCAAGUCCUGGAUAUUGUAGCGAUAUUCACGGCUCAGGCAAUGGCGCGUCGAAUUGGUUCCGGAGGGAACUGCAUCCCCUCAAUUUUCCUCAUCCCAGAGUGCCAUGCAAGUUACCAAGUUUUCAUUCCAUGUUUGGAGAUUUACCACCACCCAUGUCUGAUGUGGAAGAAUAUUCUGACGUCGCCGACACCCACCUCUUUCAUAAUAACAUGGCCAGCGACAUCCCUCCAAGCCAUGCCUCUGUUUUCUAUACAGACAGCGAAGAGGAAGACCAUGAUCUGGAGGACGAACUCUACCUCGACACGGCAUCCAGGGCGACGUUCUUCCGGGUAUCUGAAGAACGGGGUCAAUGGAAGAAUGAUCCUGUACCUUUUCAACCGCAGCCUUCGCAUCACCAGCGCAAUUCAAUGCCUACUUCGUCUCGUCCGGUCGUACCAAGUCCUGACAGACGACUCGCCUCUGAACCAGCAGGAAUUUCUAUGAACCCGAAUCAUACCAUUUGCGAAGAUGUGGAUUUCAGUCCCGCAUUCACCCCAGAGUCGGAUGACAGACAGGCUUCAUACGAUGCCGAUGUUGAUUCAGAGCUUAUAUCAUCGGAAUCAGAGAUGCCAGACGAAGAUAAUCGACCCUACUCACCUUUACCCCCUUCGUCACCACCUCUGUCGUCAAUGUCUUUUUCUGUAUCCCCAGUGAUCGGCCCUAUGUCACCGUCAAGCGUUUCAGCUCUACCUCCACUGUCACCCGUUAUCAUUCCUCCGCUCUGCUCGGAUGAUACCGACAUCGAGGGUAUUCACCUUUCGGUGACCAUAGACCCUUCAUCGUCGCCACUUGUUCAGACCAAAUAUGAAAUUCCUGCCUGCAUGAUACCAGAAAUGUCGAUCACAUGUGGCGCCGAGUUGGAUACAAUCACCGCCGCCAUUUCAGCACCCUCAUCUCCGAGUCCCGAUGAAAGCUUGUUCGACAAGGAUCCACAAGUAGUUUCUCAACCACCAGCUUUCUUUGCAGCCGAUGUGAAUACUGGCGCCGGAGAUUCUGUCGUGUCCAAAGAAGAUUUAUCAGAGGACGCUGCUAGAGAGUUUGUUGUCACCAUCAGUGAUGCUCCGAUGAAGCAGGAGGUUCCAGAGGUGCAGGAUCAGAUGGUCGAGGUCACGCUCAAGGAGAAGAAUGGAGUUGAUGCUAUCGCGGCGGUAACGAUGGGGCACGAGAAGCGCAAAAAGGACCAAGAUGAGGGUCCGAAGAAGAAAAAGGCUCGGUUGGGUAGCCACUCGACAACGUCGGGUGCUGCCGGGGACGACGAAAACACUAGGACCUCGCAACUCGAAACGAAGAUCAAGAUCAAACCAAGGAAGCCUCGAAAACAAGCCGGACCUCCUCGACGUCGACGUCGACAGCUGUCGUACUCAUCUUCAGACGAAGAGGACGAGGAGCCAGCAAAACGACAACCACCACCUCCACCGCCUCCCUUGAACUUCUCAGUCGAGGACGCUGAAUUAUGCGGUAUGAUCAUCGAGAGCAUGGCUGCAUCUCGUGCUUCCUCGCAUCGAGCCUCUUCCAUCUACAAAGCCGUCAUCCAGAACCGCCCCGCACUCAAAUCACAACGAGAAGAUCCGGAAUGGAUCGCUGCUAUCAGGAGGGUGCUGGAAGAGGCCCAUCGUAUAAACGGAAUGUUUGGUAAGGUGGAAAGCAGUGGCAUGGACGACUCGAAUCGGCCCCUGGAAGCACAAUGGUUCUAUGUGCCGGAGCGGGACGAAGACCAGGAACGUGCGUCAUUAAUGAGGGCAAUGAUGCCUAGACCGGCGAAAAGGUCUGAAACGAAGAAGUAUAAACAGUAUUACUAUCGCCCUUUGGGUAAGAUCUCGCGUUGGGACUCUGAAGAUGCUCUCUAGACAUUCUUGCUUAAUGCCCUUUUUGAUGCCACCUAUCAUUAUUACAAUCUUCGCUCUGCGUUUCAACUUGUAGCACUAUGAUUUUACCAUGUAUUUUCGGUUUUUGUUCCUCGCAGCUGCAUUUUUAGCGUAUCGAGAAACCAUGACGAUCGCAAUUCUUUGACGGCAAUAAUGAUUAUCGUAAUUUCAUAUAC